GGUGACGUGAUGAAGUGAAGAGAGCAGAGAAAAGAUGGCGGAGAACAGCGGCGCGGACCCCGCCGUGGAGGGAAAAUCCGAGGAGAAUGCGGCGACCGGCGGCACCAUCAUCAUGGUCACCGUCAAAACGCCCAAGGACAAGGAGGAGAUCGCCAUAUCCGAGGACGCGUCCGUCUCACAGUUCAAAGAAGAAAUCUCCAAAAGGUUCAAGGCAAAGCAGGACCAGUUAGUCUUGAUCUUUGCCGGUAAAAUCCUGAAAGAUGGGGACACGCUCGGUCAGCACGGUAUAAAGGAUGGCCUCACCGUUCACCUCGUCAUCAAAACUGCACAAAAAGCCACAGGUGGUAGUUCCACGGCUGCUUCAUCCAGCUCAGGCACGUCACAGCCGAACAGCAGCAAUGCGGGCACUGCUAACCCCGGCUCAGCUGCCAACCUGGGCACAUCGCAGGGCAGUGGGCCGUCGCCAGCCCCCUCGCAGCCAGCCAACUUAUUCACUGGCUUCGGUGACCUGUCCAGUCUGGCUAACUUGGGCAUGGGCUCCUCCAACUUCAUGGAGCUGCAGCAGCAGAUGCAGCGGCAGCUGAUGUCCAACCCGGAGAUGCUCUCCCAGAUCAUGGAGAACCCCCUGGUUCAGAACAUGAUGUCUAACCCAGAUUUGAUGAGGCAGAUGAUCAUGGCGAAUCCACAGAUGCAGCAGUUGAUGGAGCGCAACCCGGAGAUUUCGCACAUGCUCAAUAACCCUGAGCUGAUGAGACAGACAAUGGAGUUGGCAAGGAACCCAGCAAUGAUGCAAGAGAUGAUGCGUAACCAAGACAGAGCGCUUAGCAACCUAGAGAGCAUCCCUGGGGGAUACAACGCUCUACGGAGGAUGUACACUGAUAUCCAGGAGCCCAUGUUUAGCGCCGCACGUGAACAGUUUGGAAACAAUCCCUUCUCUGCCUUGGGGGGCAACGCAGACAGCUCGGGAGCACAGCCCUCCAGGACGGAGAACCGAGAGCCACUGCCAAAUCCUUGGGGGCCCCCUGACGCCAGCUCUACUGGGACUGGCACAACCACCACCUCUACCACAACUUCCACCACCCCCAGUGUCUCCAACCCCCUGGGAAUUGGUUCCUCUAGCUUGGGCAACGGUGUAUUUAACAGCCCUGGCAUGCAAAGCCUGAUGCAGCAGAUCUCGGAGAACCCCCAGCUGAUGCAGAACAUGCUGUCUGCUCCCUACAUGCGCAGCAUGAUGCAGUCCUUGGCCCAAAACCCUGAGGUUGCAUCACAGGUUUUGAUGAAUAACCCUCUAUUUGCUGGAAACCCCCAGCUACAGGAGCAGAUGAGGCAUCAGCUGCCUGUAUUUCUACAGCAGAUGCAGAAUCCCGAAGCUCUCUCUGUGAUGACAAACCCUCGAGCCAUGCAGGCCCUGAUGCAGAUCCAGCAGGGUUUACAGACCCUCCAGACCGAAGCCCCAGGACUCAUGCCCAGUCUAAUUCCUGGCGGGGUCCCUCCCGGGGUUCCUCCUGGGGUCCCUGCUGGAGUUCCAGCUGGAGUUCCUGUUGGGAUUCCCACGGGAGUUACUGUAACUCCAGAAAACCCUCCGCCUCCUUCCUCUGGACUGGGCUCCACCCCCGCUGCUGGAACCAACCCCACCCAACAGCAGCUCAUGCAGCAGAUGUUACAGAUGUUUGCUGGAGGGAAUGCAUCGACCCAAACACCGGAGGUGCGUUUCCAGCAGCAGCUGGAGCAGCUGAGCGCAAUGGGCUUCAUCAACAGAGAGGCCAACCUGCAGGCCCUCAUCGCCACAGGGGGCGACAUCAACGCCGCCAUCGAAAGACUGCUCGGCUCUCAGCCCUCCUAAUCGCACCGGGGGCCACACGCAAGGGGCCCGAAGCUGAGGAACGAGACAUGAACACAGUCCUUCAUCACAUAAUAUCUGACAAAGCCCCCGUUAAUAGACUGAAUUCCAAUUACUUCUUCUCUCUUUUACUCGGUUGAUCUGAGAAUCGUAGGAAAUUGGGGUUUUCAAAUUCUUUUCCUUUCGACCAAUAAAGCAAAAAUGAAAUUGCAACCGAAUAAGCCGAGGCUAGCCCCUCUCCUCUCCUCUCUUUCGUUUGAGUGCCCCCUCGUGCUGUGGGGGGGAACGAUGCUUCUAUGAAACGAGUGUAGGCGACCAUUCCUUUUAAAUUGAAACAUGCUCACUCGAGGCACUACUUUCAUGGUUUGUUUGGGGAUUAGGGGACGAAACAAACAAAACAAAAAAAAAGCUAAAUACAAAAGAGAUUCUCGGACAGAGGAACCCUUGUCUAUCAUGAAGAUGGUCAGUUCAUAUAAUUUUUCUCUUUCUCUCUCUCUCUUGCUCUCUCUCCUACUUCAUGCCUGACUAAACCAGUAUUUAUUGCAGACCAUGUAGAGGAAGUUACCAGUUACCUUUUACUCCCUUACCGCACCUCAGCGAUUCACAGUGCUUUAAAAGACGUCCUCCUCGUUUGACAUUGUUAAUUGAGAACCUAAUAGAUGAUGACUAUCAUAAUGAUGAUUAUAAAAAUGUUGGGAAUUCCUGUUCGAGCAUUUCUAACAGCCUCACGCAGACGACCGCUUACUCUUCUUCUUCAGCUGUUUAGAGAAGCAAUGAUUUGUUAAAAGUGAGAUUCAAGCUAUUCAAGAAGAUACUCAGUCAUCUCUUUAGUCUUUUACCUUUUUGAAGGAGUGAGUGUGACUGAAUUGCCAGCACGGGCUUGUGGUUGUGGGGGUAAAAGGUUGUAACAAGGCACCAAUAAAGAAAAUUUCUCCGGCUUAUGAGCAACACCGACAGCAGACACACUUUUUUUCUUUUUGACCAUAUCUUUAUGCUUUGACAUAGAAGUACUCUAGUGCGUGGAAAGGACUUGCAUUGUGUACUGGAUUGUGUCAUCCUAUACAGUUGAUCCGGCAGCAGAACCUGGUAACAGCAUGAAAGAAAGAUGAUGCUAGCUUUUCUGUGCACCAAUCUCAGUGCUAACCAACAGCGAUCUAAUGGAACUAACAGUUGAGUUUUGAUGUGAAUUAAAAUGUGUUCAACUUUG